CGCAAGGUGGAACGCUCUACACUAGACAACACACGCGCGAGCGCGCAUACACAUACACACAUACAUAGAUCUUGCCGUCUCGGUGUAAAUACACCGACCGCAGGAACAAAUCAAAACAACCCAGCAAAGGGGCAACAAGCAAGAGUCGCAGUCGCAGUCGUCAAUUUGUUCCACGUUAGAUAAUCGAGUGCAACGUUCUGUUCCCGCCCUCUGGUGCUUGCUCCAAAUUGUGCAUAAGUGUAGAAGACCCUAACGUAACUUUAAUUGAGGAAGACGAGAGAAAGCAACGGUUAAGAUGAGCCGACUACUACUUAAUAACUCCUGCGGCAUGCAGCGUGCUGCCCUUAUGACAAGCAGAGCCGCUGUCGUCGCUAUGCCGCAGCAGCGCAGCCAGCAGCAGCAACAAUGUAAAAUAGCGCCGAAUGUUGUCAUACGUCGCUGGAAAUCGUUUCUACAUAACAAUAACAGCACUCAAAAGCUAACAACGACGACGAGAACGACAGCGACGCCGCGCCGCAGUCAAGCUGAAACACUGAACGCGCGUGGUAGCCAUUCAACAUUUGUCGCUCCUUCUCGCUGUUUCUCCACAACCAACCGUAACCAAAGCGAAAUGGCUGCAAAAUGUCUACAACUGGAGAACAUCAAUCCCAACUUUAUCACCAUGGAAUAUGCCGUGCGUGGUCCGCUUGUAAUACGCGCCGGCGAAAUUGAAAAGGAGCUGGAGAAGGGCGUCAAGAAGCCUUUCGAUCAGGUGAUACGAGCCAACAUAGGCGAUUGCCAUGCCAUGGGUCAACAGCCAAUGACGUUCUUGCGUCAGUUGCUAUCGCUUACCUUUGAGCCUCGCCUGCUCGACUCGUCUGACUAUCCCAGCGAUGUGAAGGAGCGUGCCCGCGCCAUUUUGAACAAUUGCCAAGGACACUCGGUGGGCUCGUACACUGACUCUGCGGGUCUGGAAGUGGUGCGUCGUCAGGCGGCUGACUUCAUACAGAAACGCGAUGGUGGCGUGGCUAGCGAUUGGCAAAACAUUUAUUUAACUGGCGGUGCGUCGCCAGGCAUCAAGAGCAUUUUGCAGCUUAUACACUGUGAGGUGAGUGGCCAGCAGCCUGGAGUCAUGGUGCCCAUACCACAGUAUCCAUUGUAUUCGGCUACAAUCGCCGAAUACGGCAUGAGGAAGGUUGACUAUUAUUUGGAUGAGGAGACGGGCUGGAGCCUAAGUCGCACGGAGCUGCAGCGCGCCUAUGAUGAGGCCAAGAAGGAAUGUAAUCCACGCGCCUUGGUCAUCAUCAAUCCGGGCAAUCCCACUGGCCAGGUGCUGACCCGCGACAAUAUUGUGGAGAUUAUUAAGUUUGCCCAUGACAAUAAGCUGCUGCUGUUGGCUGACGAAGUAUACCAGGCGAAUGUGUAUGAUAAGAACUCCAAGUUCUAUUCGUUUAAGAGAGUGAUGCAUGAGAUGGGCGAGCCCUAUGCCAGCCAGGAGCUGGUUAGCUUCUUGUCCGUCUCCAAGGGCUUCUUGGGUGAAUGCGGCAUACGCGGUGGCUAUAUGGAGGUGGUCAAUCUAUGCCCAAAGGUCAAGGCCAUGCUCACAAAGUCCAUCACAGCGGCGCUGUGCAGUACCACUGCCGGUCAAGUGGCUGUCAGCGCACUGGUCAAUCCACCACAGCCCGGUGAGCCAUCCUAUGAGGUGUACGAGAAGGAGAAGAACGACACGCUGUCCAAGCUUAAGGAGCGCGCAGAGCUGGUCCACAAGACACUGAGUGGCUUUGAAGGCUACUCGGUGAAUCCUGUGCAGGGUGCCAUGUAUGUGUUCCCACAGAUUGAGAUACCUCCCAAGGCUGUGGAGGCGGCCAAGGCCAAGGGCAUGGCUCCCGAUGCUUUCUAUGCAUUUGAACUGCUCGAGACAAGCGGAAUUUGCAUUGUUCCUGGCAGUGGAUUUGGUCAGAAGCCAGGCACUUAUCAUUUCCGCAGCACCAUUCUGCCCCAGACAGACAAACUAAAGCUAAUGAUGGAAAAGUUCCGUGUAUUCCACGCCGAGUUCAUGAAGAAGUACAAGUAGACUAUAUCGACUCUUGUGUUUAUGUGUAUUCUCUGCCCUGCUUCUACUCCUACAACAAAAGUAAAAAGAUGAAGAGUGAAACAAUAGAACAGCCAAGUCAGCGCAACUGAAACGUAUCCAUUUUUUGUUGAACUAAUUUUUAACUGUUUAUUUUAAAAAAUAUAUACGCUAUAUAUUCCAA